CUUUCCUGUCCCGGCCUGCGUGGCGUGUGCUUGUGGGUCUUUGAGACCCGAAAAUUGAGAGCGUUUUCGCACCCCAGGGGCUGCUCCUGGCGGCUCUGCGGCCGUCACCAUGCCACAGAACGAAUAUAUUCAAUUACACCGUAAACGCUAUGGAUACCGUUUGGAUUACCAUGAGAAAAAGAGAAAGAAGGAAAGUCGAGAGGCUCAUGAACGUUCAAAGAAGGCAAAGAAAAUGAUUGGUCUGAAGGCUAAGCUUUACCAUAAACAGCGUCAUGCUGAGAAAAUACAAAUGAAAAAGACUAUCAAGAUGCAUGAAAAGAGAAACACCAAACAAAAGAAUGAUGAAAAGACUCCACAGGGAGCAGUACCUGCCUAUCUGCUGGACAGAGAGGGACAAUCUCGAGCUAAAGUACUUUCCAAUAUGAUUAAACAGAAACGAAAAGAGAAGGCGGGAAAAUGGGAAGUCCCUCUGCCUAAAGUACGUGCCCAGGGAGAAACAGAAGUAUUAAAAGUUAUUCGAACAGGAAAGAGAAAGAAGAAGGCAUGGAAGAGGAUGGUUACUAAAGUGUGCUUUGUUGGAGAUGGCUUUACAAGAAAACCACCUAAAUAUGAAAGAUUCAUCAGGCCAAUGGGCUUGCGUUUCAAGAAAGCCCAUGUAACACAUCCUGAACUGAAAGCCACCUUUUGCCUACCAAUACUUGGUGUAAAGAAGAAUCCCUCAUCCCCACUGUAUACAACUUUGGGUGUUAUUACCAAAGGUACUGUCAUUGAAGUAAAUGUGAGUGAACUGGGCCUUGUGACGCAAGGAGGCAAAGUUAUUUGGGGAAAAUAUGCCCAGGUUACCAACAAUCCUGAAAAUGAUGGAUGUAUAAAUGCAGUGUUACUGAUUUGACAGCAACUUCAUAUAUAAUUAUUGAGGACUACACACCAAUUGAAAAAACUGCCAUUACUGUGAUGUUUCUGAAUACUACCAAACAGCCAUACAUGUCUACAAUGAAGAGAUUUAUUAAAUUGUAAACAUAAAA